AUGAAACGAAAGCAAAGUCCAAAUACCACCCACAACGCAUCUGAAAAAAUUCCUCUUGAAACCACUCCCUUCCGAAAAUGUGCCAAAAUUGAUGAUCCAUGUCAAAUGACACUCGACCAAAUGCAUCCCAUGGAAUUGAAACAAUUUAUUGAAAUGUGUUCCAAGAUACUCCGAAGAAAAAUGUUGAAAUUAAUCUCAGAGUUACCCGAUGAAAUUGUACUCUUGAUUUUGUCCUUCCUCUCACCUGUAGAAAGAAUUUUCAAGGGUCCCUUGUACUGUUGUAAACAAUGGAAUGCAUGUAUUAUGAAUCAUGAGAAUUUAUGGAAGACUCUUUGGGAAUGUUUAUUUUCAACGACUUGCAAGCCUUAUGACCCCGCCAUGAAACCGUAUCUUGUACAAAGAGCAAGAUGUUUUUCAAACAAGUGCGAAAUAACUUAUUGGAAAUGUACUUUUGACAAUGGUACGCCUUCUUCAGAGGAUGUUGGGGUUAUUAUUGGAGAAAAAGGCUCUGACCUCGUUGUUUCAGAAUCGGAAUCUCAUGAGGAUAAUACAUCAGACGACGAUCAUGAUGAAACUAUCAAAUACGAUGAAAUACAAAAAACGAAAAACCUCAACAUAGAAAAGGACAGUCUAAUGACAACCUUUGCAUCACAGUUUUAUAUAUUGACCAAGAAUCCAGAAAUCAAGUACGUCUUAGCAGAACAGGGCUGUGGAGGAGCAUAUUCAGGUACUACAUUGCUCUUGAUUGACCAUCUUGAGGGUGUUUACUUUCCUCCGAAUAAGACCACCUUCUUUCAUUUCACAAUAAUGGCUGAUUUUGAGGAGGUAGAUGUUUCUUCUGAUGAAUAUUGUUAUUCAUUUAAUGUCACUCUUCUUGUGACACUGCCUGAUAGUUCGAACAAUCCAAUCACUUUAAUUUCUAACAACAAAAUCAUUGAGCCACACGUGAAACAGCUUGUAACCGAGCACUUGCAGCUUUCUAACGAUGAAUUGGUCAUUCCAGAACAUGGCUGGAAGCGUAAAAAGAACAUGAUACCAACUGAUGAAAUUGGAUGGUUUAAACAAUGGUUACAAAAUUUUUCCUUUUUUGAUUCAAGUUUCGUCGUGGAUCGUUUGAAGGUUGUGGAAAAUGAACAGAAUGACAUGGAAGAGGAGGAAGAGGAGGAUUAG